GAAAUGUUGUUAGGGGCCAAAGAGACCUGCCUUGUAAGACAUGGUAAGCAACUGGAAUUGAUUCCAAGGAGGUUGGGGAACCAGUGGAAGAUUCUGAGCAUCUCCUGAUGGCCUGACCUUAUUGAUCUGGAACUCCCAGGGGUCCAAGGAAAUGAAUGAAAGCAAGAAAGGCCUCUUGAGGCCUCGACUCAGAGCUGGAAAACUUGUCAUUUUCAUCAUUUCUAUUGGUCAAAGCAAGUCACAAGACAAGCCCAAAUUCAAAGAAUGGAUGUUCAUGAUUCAUGUGUGACUUUCUAUGAAGCAGGAAACUCAAGCUCCUUCCAUUUUGUGGCCCUGACAGCUUCCACACAUGGCCUUCAAGAUCAUGAUACUUGUCUACAUCAAGCCAUGGAAGAAAUGCAUACUUGGAACUUCCUCUCAUGCCACUGUUCCAUGGAACUUCUCAAAGAGAUAAGGUUUGCUUAUAAAAGGACGUUUCAGGCGCUACCUGCUUGUGCGUGGAACCUGACGGAACUGCCACGAUGCUGCUAAUCUGGACACUAUCAGUGCUGCUGGGAGUAGCAAUAGGAAGAGAAGUCUGCUUCCAAAGACUUGGCUGCUUUAGCGAUGAUGCCCCAUGGGCAGGAAUUGUGGAAAGACCCCUCAAAAUAUUGCCCUGGGCACCAAAAGAUGUCAACACCCGCUUCCUCCUAUACACUAAUGAGAACCCGAAUAACUUUCAAGAAAUUGUUGCAGAUCCAUCAAUUAUCACGGACUCCAAUUUCAAAACAGAUAGAAAAACCCGCUUUAUAAUUCAUGGAUUCAUAGACAAGGGAGAAGAAAACUGGCUGUCCAAAACAUGCAAGAACUUGUUUACAGUGGAAAGUGUGAACUGCAUCUGUGUGGACUGGAAAAGUGGUUCCAAAACCGGUUAUACACAGGCCUCGCAGAACGUCCGGAUUGUGGGGGCAGAAGUGGCAUAUUUUGUUGAAGUUCUUCAGUCAGCAUUUGGGUACUCACCCUCCGAUGUCCACAUCAUUGGGCACAGCCUGGGCGCCCAUGCAGCUGGGGAGGCAGGAAGGAGGAUCAACGGGACAGUUGGACGAAUCACAGGACUGGAUCCAGCUGAACCUUGCUUUGAGGGCACACCUGAAUUAGUCCGACUGGAUCCCAGUGAUGCCCUAUUUGUGGAUGUCAUUCACACAGAUGCUGCCCCUGUAAUCCCCAACAUGGGAUUUGGAAUGAGCCAAACUGUAGGCCACCUAGAUUUCUUUCCAAAUGGAGGAAAAGAAAUGCCCGGAUGUCAGAAGAACAUUCUCUCUCAGAUUGUUGACAUAGAGGGGAUCUGGGAAGGGACUCGCGACUUUGUGGCCUGUAACCACCUAAGAAGCUACAAGUAUUACUCUGAUAGCAUCCUUAACCCUGAUGGCUUUGCUGGAUUCCCUUGUGCCUCUUACAAUGUUUUCUCUGCAAACAAGUGCUUCCCCUGCCCAAGUGAAGGCUGCCCACAGAUGGGUCAUUAUGCUGACAGAUUUCCUGGAAAAACAAGCAAAACGGGCCAGGUAUUUUAUCUAAACACUGGUGAUGCCAGCAAUUUUGCCCGCUGGAGGUAUAAGGCAGCAGUCACACUAUCUGGAAGGAAGGUUACAGGACACGUGCUAGUUUCUUUGUUUGGAAAUAAAGGAAAUUCUAAACAAUAUGAAAUUUUCAGGGGCACUCUCCAACCCGAUAGCACUCAUUCCAAUGAAUUUGACUCUGACGUGGAUGUUGGAGAUGUGCAGAAGGUUAAAUUUGUUUGGUACAACAAGGUGAUCAACCCAACCCUACCCAGAGUGGGAGCAUCCAAGAUCAUGGUGGAAAGAAACGAUGGAAAAGUGUUCAAUUUCUGCAGCCAAGAAACUGUGAGGGAAGAUAUUCUGCUCACUCUUACCCCAUGUUAGGAGCAGCUGACAUAUGACCACUGCACCUUACUGCUAAUAA